GCCGGAAUUAAAACCGGCCACGUUGAUAUAUACAACAGAUGCCCUCGAAGUUCGACCCAGAUCAACCCCAGACCUGGACCAAACCAAACCUACACUUGGUACACUUUUCUUAACCUACCAAUACCAAGUUGCCUCUAUCCUCCCUUCACUUUGGCCAUUUGAAUACUUCCUAAUCAUAAUCAUGUCAUACUUGGCGGACUCCCCGCCUCUUCCUCCGCUCUCCACCCUUUUCCCUCACUUACACUCGGAUGCGUCUACGCUUCCUGCGUCAUCUGAUCCUUUCACCAUUACUACCAAGACUGGCUUCCUCCCGUGUCGGCCUCCAAUGCUCCGAUUGCCCGAGGCAUUUGACGUGCUCACGGAGAUUGUGCAAGACAUGUCCAUCGUCAAACAUGACGGUUCUCCCGGGCUACUCGCCACGUUUAGCCUGGGACCACUCAUUGAUGGGGGCAAAUUGCCCGACUUGACGUCUCACAUGGAUCAACUGCGUACCGACAGCGGAAGCCUAGAUCUCGAAUCAAUCACUGCCGUGUUUCGGGACUACAGCUUUCUCGCUAGUGCCUAUGUACUCGAGCCCUGCUGGGAAUCAUGGUCCAAGAACCAUGAUGCUGGGUAUGGGUUGGGACGAGCUCUUCUACCUCGAUGCAUUGCUGCUCCCCUCGUCAGGGCGGCCGACAUCCUAGAUAUCCCUCCUUUCAUGUCAUACGCGGCCUCAUACGCCCUUUACAACUAUAGCAUGGUGUCGCCCGAGGUAGGACCUAGCGUGUACGAGAACUUGAGACUGAUCCGCGCCUUUGAGCGUGGCCUCGACCCAAAGAGCUCCGAGGCUGGCUUCAUCCUCACUCAUGUCCACAUGGUCCAAGAGACUGGGCCAUUGAUCGAGGGGGCAACCUCGUUGCUCGCGACAAUUGAAAACAAUCCAACAGACAUUGUCUCGGCCGUUUCUGCAUUCCACACCAUGUUAGAUGCGAUGAAAGCCAUCGAAGCCCACAUGGAGCAGAUGUGGACACACUCGCUCCCCAAGGAUUACAUCUCAUACCGGACCUUCAUCUUCGGCAUCACCAAUCAAUCCAUGUUUCCCAACGGUGUCAUUUAUGAAGGCACUCGCUAUGGCGACACCAAGCCGUUGUAUUUCCGUGGCGAAUCAGGCGCCAACGACAGUAUCAUUCCACUUUUAGAUCAUCUCCUCGAAGUUCCCAUGCCCAACAACCCUCUCACCGAGAUCUUGCGAGACUUCCGCUCCUACCGGCCCAAGCCACACCGUGACUUUCUGGCUUGGGUCAUGAGUAAGUCUGCCGAGAUUGGCGUCCGACAGUACUGCUCUCACCCAACUGGACAAAGUGCGGCAGAGAAUCUAGUAUUGCCCACGCUGUACCUGAAGCUGCUCGAGCAUGUGCGCAGUUUCCGGUGGCGUCACUGGCUCUUUGCGCGCGAAUACAUCAUCAAACGGUCGACGCACCCGACCGCCACGGGUGGCAGCCCUAUUGUGACGUGGUUACCCAAUCAAUUGUUCGCCGUCAUGGAUCUUAUGGAGAGGGUGUAUCAGGAGAGUGGGUUGAAGAGUGUGGCAGAGUCGAGUGGAGGAAUUGCCGGGGAGGUGAACGUUGUCAAGGAUAUCAUGGACAAUGUCAGCGAUGCACGGGACAAGCUGGAUAAGGAGGUUCGAAAGUACUGCGCUGAGAGAGGGGCGUAGGUUCAAGAGCUCGUUUGGCACUGUAUCUCACAUCGAAUCCUGUUGGUGCUCCUUAAGCCUUGUUUAUGACUGUGAAUGGUUGAGUCCAUGGGAUAAGAUAAACUGUGCUCAUUGGAUAAGUGAUUCCUCGCACUAAGGAUGCAAAGUAGGAGAAGGACGGCCUGCAAAUGGUAUUCGAUUGAGUUAUUAUACCCAGCGAAAUGGUUGUAUCUUGUGGAAAUGAUGAGGAAGAUAGGUGCCUGCGCAAGUUUCGCACCUGCCACGCUUGUUGUAGAAGGAAGGAGCACGUCUCGGCAUUGGCACACAGGGAAAGAGACAGAAGAGACAGAAGAUAGAUUGUGU